AUGCCGUGUCGAAAUCCAUUUACAAUUCAUAAAACAAAACCACGUCGAUUUCCUUCUCGUUCACCAUUAAAACUACUUGCUGAAGAGAUGAGACGUGAACUUGGAAUACAAUAUCAAACAAUUGAUGCUCGUAUUGGCAAUGAAAGAAUGACAUAUGAUAUUGCACAAGGCGGUUGGACAUCUGGUGGAAUAGUUGAUACAUUCGUCGAUACGAGAGGAAUGACUAAAUUAGAAAAAUCUAAACGAGAAUUAGAAGAAGAUAAUAAAGCUCUUCGUGCUAAAGUUGAUAUAUUACUUGAAAUGCUUGCUGAAGUCUCUACUGAACAGGAACUCCGACGAAGUGGUUAA